AUGGCACCGAAAGCCAGCGGAAAGGCUGUGAAAAAAUCCGGCGGCGGCGGUGGCAAGGCACAGAAGAACAUCGCCACAAAAGCAGGAGGAGGAGAGAAGAAGCGAAAGCAACGCCGCAAGGAAAGCUACGCUAUCUACAUCUACAAGGUGCUGAAGCAGGUCCAUCCGGACACCGGUGUCUCGUCGAAGGCGAUGAGCAUCAUGAAUAGCUUCGUGAACGACAUCUUCGAGCGUAUUGCUAACGAAGCAUCUCGUCUGGCCCAUUACAACCGACGGUCGACGAUCACCUCCCGCGAGGUACAGACCGCCGUUCGUUUGCUGUUACCGGGCGAGCUGGCCAAACAUGCCGUAUCGGAAGGUACCAAGGCCGUUACCAAGUAUACCAGCUCGAAGUAAAUCGUCGCCCGCCCCGCCGCCGGAUGUCAC